AUGACCCGCCAUUGGCCCUGGGAGGUGAGCCUCCGGAUGGAAAAUGAGCACGUGUGUGGAGGGGCCGUCAUUGACCCCAGCUGGGUGGUGACUGCGGCCCACUGCAUCCAAGGCACCAAAGAGUACUCAGUGGUGCUUGGCACCUCCAAGCUGCAGCCCAUGAACUUCAGCAGGACCGUCCAGGUCCCUGUGAGGGACAUCAUUAUGCACCCCAAGUACUGGGGCCGGACCUUCAUCAUGGGUGACAUUGCCCUUGUUCACCUUCAAACACCUGUCACCUUCAGUGAGUAUGUGCAGCCCAUCUGCCUCCCGGAACCCAACUUCAACCUGAAGGUUGGGACACAGUGUUGGGUGACUGGCUGGAGCCAGGUUAAGCAGCGCUUUUCAGCCAACUCCACGCUGACCCCAGAGCUGCAGGAGGCUGAGGUGUUUAUCAUGGACAACAAGAGGUGUGACCAGCAUUACCACAAGAAGUCCUUCUUUCCCCCAGUUGUCCCCCUUGUCCUGGGGGACAUGAUCUGUGCCACUAAUUAUGGAGAAAACUUGUGCUAUGGGGAUUCUGGAGGGCCAUUGGCUUGUGAAGUUGAGGGCAGAUGGAUUCUGGCUGGGGUGUUGUCCUGGGAAAAGGCCUGCGCCAAGGCACAGAAUCCAGGCGUGUAUACCCGCGUCACCAAAUACACCAAAUGGAUCAAGAAGCAAAUGAGCAAUGGAGCCUUCUCAGGUCCCUGUGCCUCUGCCUGCCUCCUGUUCCUGUGCUGGCUGCUGCAGCCCCAGAUGGGCUUCUGACCUCCCUACCCCUUCCUCUUCCUGCCUUGCCUUUGCUGAAUGGGGCCAGAUGGAGGUUUGACCAAGGUCAUGUGUCCAUCUUCAACAAGAGCCAGGGUGGGGAAGAGUAACCCCUGGGAGAAUGGGUCUGGCUUUGGCAUCCUGGUGAGAAGUGUGGUGGAUGACCAGGCCUUGGGUGAGCAGGAGAAGGGAAGUACAGCCUGGAAGGAUUCUGGAAUCUGGGACCAGGAGAGCAGGGAUUAAACAUGUGCAAACUUGA